AUGAAAUCAAUUUUUAAAAUAUUUUUGAUAUUUUUUAUUAUAUCAUUAAUAUCCAAAAGUGAUGGUAAAUCACUAAAGAAAAUAAUUAACAAUAGGUAUAAACAGAUGAUUGAAAGGGAAUUUUCAUCAACCAAUAAUGAUAAUAAUAAUGGAUUUUUUCAAGGUUUUAAAAAAUUAGCAAUCAAUGAAAAACAACCAAAAAUUAUUGAUGGAAUUGAUGAGAAUGGAUUUAUAAUAAAGGAUGGACAUCAACAUUUACCAGGAUAUGAUUGUAUUCAUGAUCAAGUUGCAGAGAAUAUCAUUGUUCCACCAACUGAUAAAGAGGUAAAUGAUUUUUUACAUGCAGAGAGAAUGAAACUUUUGGAUACAAAUUAUCGAUUAAAAGCAAGUUCAGCAACUCCAAGAAAACCAUUAAGAUUUUAUUUUGAUACAACAUAUCUUUACAAUCAAAAAGAUACAGGUGCAUGUUAUUAUGUUGGUCAAACUAUUUUACUUGGAGCUGCACCAACCUCAUAUGUAGCACCAGCAUGUGUAUCAUCAGGUGCUUAUUAUCCAUGUAAUUACACUUGCACUGCAAAUGAUUUACUUGGUGAUAAAGUUGCCAAUUUAAUUAGUAAAGAUAUUAUCACAAGUAUUCAAGAUAUUCUUGGUGAAAUGAUCUUGGUUGAUAGAUAUACUACAAAUUUAAAAUUAAAUCAUGAUAGAGGUCCAACUUGUGAUUUUAGAUAUGUAAUUAAUAAUACAUAUAUUAAUACUGGUAUUCCAAAUGCUGAUAUGGUUGUUUUUGUAACUUCAAGACCAAUUAGAGCUUCUUCAACGAUUGCUUAUUCAUCACCAUGUGUAUUUAAUUGGGGAGAAAGACCAUUAGCAGCAACAAUUAAUUUUGCACCAAAAUAUUUUUUACCAUUUGUUUCAUCAACACCACCAAGUGAUUUUAUUUUUAAUGAAUAUAUUCGUGUUGGUAUUCAUGAAAUGACUCAUGGUUUAGGUUUUUCAAAUACUUUCUUUAAAACUUUUAAAAAUAGAUAUAAUGGUAAUGGUUAUUAUUAUACUGGAACUGAACCAGGAGCAAAUCAAACAACAUCAGGUACAACACCAAAAGGUGCAACAUGGAUUUAUGAAAGACCAGCAGUUAAUACACCAGCAGUUAAAAGUUUUGUAGAAUCACAUUAUAAUUGUCGAAGAAAUGGAUCAAUUUUUGAAUUAUUGGAAGAUUAUGGUGCAGCUGGAACUGUUGGUAGUCAUUGGGAGAAAAGAACAGCUGGUGAAGAGUAUAUGUUGGGUUAUGUUUCACCAGUUUUUCCAAUUACUAAUUUAACAUUGGCAUUAUUACAAGAUAGUGGUUGGUUUGAUAUUAAUUCAUCAUUGGCUGAACCAUUGAUGUGGGGUAAAGGAUUAGGUUGUGAUUGGUUAGAUGAUUGUAAUGAAAAGAGUUGGAAUUUACCAGGUUACUUUUGUCAAGAUUCCUCAAAAAGAUAUUGCAGUCCAACUCGUGUUGGUAAAGGUGUAUGCAAUGUAAAGAUAUCAUCAUCCGAUAUAUUGGUUGCCUAUCGACACUUUAAUGAUUCUCAUACCUAUGGUGACAUCAUUGCUGAUGGUUGCCCAUUCUAUGAUAUUCCAUCCAAUCAAUAUUGUGUAGAUGCUUCGAACCAAGCAUCGGCCAAUACUCAAAUCUCUGAAAAGUAUGGUGAAGAUAGUAGAUGUUUCGAAUACACAGAUACAACUACCUCAAAUAGUAAUAUGGUAUGUUGGCCAACACGUUGUGAUGGUCAAAAUCUUCAAGUUCAAGUUAAUACUGUUUGGGUCACUUGUGAUACUGAUGGUAAAUCCGUUAAAAUUGGUAAUAUCCAAUUCACUUGUCCACUCUAUUUCUAUCCUUGUCAAGACUCUGGUUUUUCUGCUCCACCAAAUUCUUCUUAUCCAAAUUAUCCUGGAAUUGAAAAUAUCAAUAAUUCUUUCAAAUUAUCUUUAAAUAUUUAUUUAUUAAUCUCAAAUUUAAUUUUAAUCAUUUUUUAUUUAAUUUAA